AGAAUGGCGCGUUAGACGAUGCUUCGCAGAAAUUGAGAAUUGUGUAAUUCUCAGACGAUGUUUUGCAGAAACUUCCUCCACCAUCUUGCUGCCGGGCCCUUAAAGUCAUUCAGCAUUCACCCCAUCCCACCUCAAGAACACAGACUUAUUUUCAAAUCUGUUGAAACAAACGUCCCUCCCUUUAUACAUUUUCCACUACUCUCUAUACGUGCAUGUAUGUCGAGAAAUUUAUCUUAAUAUAACUUUUAAUAAUUUGGUGGGUUCAAAAUUUUGGAUCAGUUAGAAGCAAGAAUCUUUACUUCAGAAAGUUUAUCAGGCAAAUUGCCUGGGUCUGUCGACAUGGAAUCCAUCGAGGAAAAGGUCGACCUUGAAUCUGACAAGGAGAUCCCAUUUAACGCUACUCCAAAAACAAAUAAAAGGCAAUCUUUCAAUUUUGAGGCAAACGAUGUCAUUUCACCCUCAAAAGUUUCCUCUUUAUCAGGCUUAAGAAAGAUGCAGAUCAGUCUGCUUAAGAGUAUCUACAUCGUCUUAAUCAAAGCAAAGAUAAGCGUUUUGCUUCCAUUUGGGCCCAUUGCAAUAAUGUUGCACUAUCUUAGCAAGAAACAUGGAUUUGUCUUCUUCUUUUGCUUAGUGGGAAUUACUUCUUCGGUGGAGCGUCUGGGUUAUGUGACUGAACAGCUUGCAUUUUUUACGGGGCCUACAGUGGGGGCCCUCCUGACCGCAAUCUUUGGCAAUGCUACUGAGAUGAUAAUUUCGAUAUACGGAGUGAAGAAUGGGAUGCUAAGGGUCGUUCAGCAGUCAUUAUCGGGUUCCAUAUUGUCCAAUAUGCUUUUGGUGCUUGGAUGUGCCUUCUUCUGUGGUGGGGUGGUUCAUCACCAGAAAGUACAGAAUUUCAAUAAGGCUGACGCCCUGGUGAACUUAGGUUUGUUAUUAAUGGCCGUCAUGGGUUUACUAUUUCCAGCAGUUCUGCACCAUACUCAUACAGAAGUGCAUCUAGGCAGGUCAGAGCUAGCUCUAUCAAGAUUUAGUAGCUGCAUAAUGCUGAUUGCAUAUGCAAGCUAUCUUUUCUUUCAGCUCAAGAGUCAACCAAAUCUGCAUGGUUCUCUUGAUGAGCAUUUGUCACAGUUGAGGGAGAAUGAUGAAGAUUCGGAUGAAGAGGCUGCCGAGAUUACCCAGUGGGAAGCAAUUGUGUGGUUCACAGUGUUGACACUCUGGAUAUCAGUUUUGUCUGGGUAUCUGGUUGAUGCCAUACAGGGAGCAUCUGAGUCGAUGAACAUGCCAGUGGCUUUUAUUAGUGUCAUUUUGCUUCCAAUUGUGGGUAAUGCUACAGAAUAUGCAAGUGCUAUCAUUUUUGCCAUGAAGGACAAGCUCGAUAUCACUCUUGGAGUUGCGAUUGGAUCGUCUACUCAGAUAUCAAUGUUUGUAAUACCAUUCGUUGUAAUUUUUGGAUGGAUAAUGGGGAUGCCUCUGGACUUGAACUUCCAACUCUUUGAAACUGCUGCACUAUUUAUCACUGUGAUAGUGGUUGCAUUUAUGCUUCAGGAAGGAACAUCAAACUAUUUCAAAGGUUUGAUGCUUAUUCUAUGCUAUCUCAUUGUUGCUGCAAGUUUCUUUGUCCACGUCGAUCCAUCAUAUGAUGGUUAAUAAGAUUGGAGAAAGAAGGAUUAUUUCAUUUGUUCGAGGUUGGCACAACAAAUAGCUAGAUCUGCAACACUCUCUAUGUACAAAGCCCGUCUUCGUAAAACUUAACUUUGGCCCUACGGGAGUAGGUGGAAAAUAUAGAUAGAGCAGAUUAUCAAUGUCAGCAGCAGCACUGAGCUGGUAGAUUUUGACUCUCGUAUAUUCAUCUGUGUUAUAUGCUAUUUGAUCGAUAAACAAAAUUGAGCAGAAUCAACAUUCACCAGCAUUACAGAAAGCUGCUCCCUUUUAUUUAUUUAUUUUUAUUUUUUUUAUUAUUAUUUUUUAAUACGAAAAAGAAGCUGGGUUGGAUGCAAAGCAAAUUGGAGCAUGUAAUCUUUGAUAUCUUUUGUUUAUUCUUUAAGAAUUAUUUUGUUAUGAAAUCCAUCCCUGUUAUUCAUGCUUGGUUCAUUUUUUUGUCCAAGUUCAGUUUGAAUAAAGCAUUUGACUAGUCAGAUUUGAGUAAUUUGUUCAA